AAAUUCAAAAAACAUCUGCAUUUCAUAAUAUUUUGGUGCAAUGGAUCUCUCUAAACAUAUUAUUCUCAUUUCUGUCAUAUUCGUGGCUGCAGUUGAAUCUGGUAGAUAUCGAAGACAAGGAUUACCUGGUCUUGGAGGAUUAGAUGGAUUCAAUGAUCUUCUUCCAUGUAAUGCUUUCACAAGAUGUAAUGGAAAAGGAUUGUGUCUUGGAACUGCAAAGCAAUCCACGUGUAUGUGCUUCCUCGGAUGGAGUGGUGAUUCGUGUGACUCUGUUGCAAAUCUAAUGGAUCCAUUCAACUUGUUCUCCAACAACAACAAUAAUAAUAAUAACAAUCAAUUAUUUCCGAAUCUUUUCCCAACAGCAAGCUCGCUGAACUUGUUGAAUAAUCCAUUUGGAUUGGAUGAUGAUGCAUUGGAAAUGUGCACAGCAAGUGAUUGUAAUGGAAAUGGAGUUUGUGUUGGUUCAAAGAAGGCACCACUCUGUCUUUGUAAUCUUGGAAAAACUGGGUUCAAGUGUGAAAGUGAAAUUUCUGGACUUUUGAACAUGGAUCCAUCAGCUCCAAUCACAUUCUGUUCACCAAGUGAUUGUAACAACAAAGGUCUAUGUUUGGGAACAAAAAACAGUUUUUCGUGUGCAUGUCAAAUCGGUUAUACUGGUUCAAGAUGCGAGAAGACUCCAGUUGCAUUAUGUGAUUCUCGUGAUUGCAGUUCAAAUGGAUUAUGUAUUGGUACAAAAGACUCAAUGACUUGUGCUUGUUAUCUUGGAUAUUCUGGUGAUAAAUGUGAAAAGAUCACCGGAACUAUGUGCGAAGCUUCUGACUGUAAUUCUAAUGGAAUCUGUAUUGGAACAAAGAACUUGAAAUCCUGUAUCUGCGCUCCUGGAUAUUAUGGAUCACGGUGUGAAUCGAGAUUCGCUCUUCUCCCUGGCACCGAAGGAAUGUUCUGUGAAGCUAAAGACUGUAAUGGAAAUGGGAUCUGUAUAGGAAACAAGCUUCUUCCCAUGUGCAUUUGUGCUCCUGGAUUCACUGGUCUUCGUUGCGAACUUGAGCCAUUAUGUACUGGUGCACUUCAAUGUUCUGGUAAUGGUUUAUGCAUUGGAUCAUUGAAAUCUUAUAGUUGUACUUGUAAUCUUGGGUGGACUGGUCCAACUUGUGCCCAAAGCACUCUAAUCGGAUAAGCUCUUUUUUUCUGAUUUCGGAUUUUUGCGAUUGUCUGUAUAUAAUUGAUUGAACCAGUUUGAAGUUCUAAAUUUCUAAAAAGAAUAAUAUUUAUAGAUUUUUUCAAAUAAAAAAAAAGAAUGAU